AUGUCAAACGUCUUAUCUACUCGUGAGCAGGCUGCGUGGUCUUUGUCAGGCGACUGGUUGCUCGUAGUAGUGAACCUGUGGAAACAGUUCCAGCCUGAAUACGGAAGGAACACGCCCUUUGGCUCGCAAGAAAAUAACGCCACGGACUUGACUUGGCUAGAACGCCACCGAUUACAAAAUGUUCAAUACUUUAUACUCUUGUCUUUGCUGAUAUCCUUCAGCGUAUUUUACUCCAUGGGCGGGUAUUUCCAAUACUUUUACUACAUCAAGAGAAGGGAACAGUCUGAAGAAUGGAAAUGCCAACCAAAUAAAUUUCUCACAAAGGAAAACGAACGUCAUGAAUUUAUUGCUGGUUCUGUGAAUAUGGCUUGCGGAGCUACUGUCUCUGGGAUACUGGCCUGCUUUAUUUUGAAUGGAGGCUACAGCACGCUCUAUUACUCGGCCUCUGAACGUGGAUGGUUAUACUUUGUUCUCUCCGGUCCAAUCUACUAUCUGUACAUCGACGGCGUGUCUUACUAUCUACACAGGACUUUCCAUAACCCGUACUUGUACAAGAAGAUCCACAAGCACCACCACCGUUACCACCAGCCUACGGCUUUCUCCGCCGUGGCCAUGCAUCCCGUGGAAUUCUUCAUGUAUCAGGCUGUUAUGGCUUUACCCAUAUUUACAGUCCCCAUACAUGCAGGUGUAUUUCUGACGGUAUUGAUGUACUUCUACUACUACGGUAUGAUAGACCAUUCUGGAGUAAAGAUGGACGCCAUUUGGCCUUGGCAACCGCCGUCCACUUUCCAUGACAAUCAUCACCAGUAUUUCCACUGCAACUUCGGCUUCAAUUCACUUUUAUUCGACUGGAUGUUUGAUACCCUGCGAAAAGAGGGCAGAGUUUACGGAGAAGAUAUUUUUGGAGGAAGAGGAAGAUCUAUAGAAAAUGACAAGGAGAAAUGAAGAAAUUAACAGAAUUAACACGAUUAUGAUUUACAAGAAUCAGUCUACUUUCAUGCACAAGAUUCGUCCAAUUUUAUUCUAAAACCAUUUUUUGAACUUCAAUAUUGGCGGCUUGCUUAUAGUUUUCCCUUUACGCGUGUCAGAGGGGAGCCUGUUCCAAAUUCUCCCAGUUCUCUAAUUUUAUUUUCAUCUUUUCUAUUUUUCAAAAUUCAUAGAACGUUGCCUGAAAAUUAACCUGCAGAAGUCUAUUUUUAAAUUAAAAUUGCAUCAAACGCGUCAUAAACGAUCGUAAUUAUAUUAUUCAUUUAUUUCAACAUAAUGUACGUUUUAAACGACACCAUCAUUUUCUACGUCUGAUAAAGUUCUUGGUCUUCAACAAUCUGGAUAACACUCACCCCAUGAAAUCAUUGGGUGGGACCAGAUCGACGUGUAUCAAAUAGAGACUUACGCUUUCAUCAUGCCAAACCUAAUGAUUAAAAACGGUCUACUUUAACCUUGCAACAGAAGGUUGCAAUACACAGUAUGAAAUCAAAACCAAGAUUAUUCACAAUUCCAACCCUUUGUAUUAUCAUAUAUUAUCACAUUCCCUACCACAGCAUAUUAUUCUGUAUCCUGGUG